AUGUCGAUGGUGGUGAUUGUCGUUGAGUGGUUACGACGAAGAAAAGUGGGAAGGUGCAGAGUGAUGAGAAUCCUAAGGAUUGGCCAUGGCCAUUCCAAGUUUGAACUUGAGAUAGCAGUCCGGUUUCAUAACAACGCAGCAAAACUACUCAAUGGGAAGAUAUCAAAUCAGUCAAACACAUUGCUAGAAGUCUAA